AUGAAUACGACAGCUCCCACAACCACGACGACUACGACAGCUCCCACAACCUCGACGACUACUACAACUCCCACAACCACGACGACUACUACAGCUCCCACAACCACGACGACUACAACUACCACAGAAACGACUUCUACAUCAACUCUCACAACCAGGACUUCUACAACAACUGCUACAAUAAUAUUUUUGACCACUUCUAUAACAGCAGCUGUUACAAGCAAAACAUUAACUCAGCCAAGCGCUACUUCCUUCGACUUGUCAAAAGGCGGGACUGUGAGAGGUUCUACAUCAAUUCUUGGAAUAGCUUCGAAACCAACUCUGAUGACAACUUCUACAACAGCACUUAUCACAAGAACAAUAAUCGCUGAACUGGGUGUUUCGGUGCAGAGUAGUGCUGGAAUUUCAGAACAAGACAAAAGCGUAAAUUCGCAGCCGGGUUCACCACUACAAACACGUGGAUCUUCACUCAUCAAUCCAAAGGAUGCGCCUGGCAUGUCCGCAGCCAAAUUAAUCGGUUUAAUGGUAAUCUACAGUACUGACGUACUCUAUCAGUGGAUUGAUAAUCUUUUUCCAAUCGCAACCGGCAACAAGACUCUAAGGGAAGACUUUAGCGAAGCGAAAGCGGAUGUAGACUUCGUCCGCCAGAUCCAAGAAAAUCACCAGGGACAGGACGACGUGAUGCUUGUCACGGGAAUUCCGUUUGGACUUCGCAAAGGCGACACGCCAGUGAUUUCACGUUUACACUCGAGAAAGCCAAACAAUCGUAAGACGAGACGUGAAAGAAGUUUGAUUUCAAACGAUCUGAAGCCAAUGCAUGAUCAAAUAGGUGAUUUGGCAUUUAACAACUAUCGCAUGUACGCAGAUGCUGGCAGGACACUCAGCACUGGAAAUUCUUACCGAGAUGAACAUACUCGUACAGAAGAUGUUUGUAAGGAAUUGGAAGUUGUCAAAUCCGCCUGUGAAAAAGAUAGUCUAGUACUGGGAACCUCUGUCGCUCACUUCGAGAAUGGACGUUUGCAUUCAUGCCGGUUAUUAUGGAGCUGCAUAUUCAACGAAUUACGGUAUGAUGCUUCAGCUCAUAAAGAAUCCUUUAGUCAAGACAAUGAACCUUUGGACGCCAGUAAGCCUCCACAACCUUCACCAGAAGUGUCCUUGUGGGAUGAUAUCCGCGCUUAUGGCAAUGCAGUAGUUGAAGCUCUGAAUGGGUUGCGCUAA